UUUAAGAAACGUCGCAUUGCUUUUCUCUCUCCCCCUUAUCUCCCAAACCUCCCCACAGCAUAACUUCUCUUCUUAACAGUCUGAGUUGAUAAGAAACAAAGAAAGAUGAACCCAUCAAGCAUUUGCAUGCCAACCUCUCCUUCUUCAUCGCACUCCCUUCUAAAACCAAACCGCAGCUCACUUCUGGGCGUUUCGCUCGUCCCUUUGAAGCCAUUGCUGUCUUGUCCUGUUAAGAGGAGAGGCCAUUGCUUAACAACUACAAGAGCAAUCCUGUCUACUUCCAGAGAGCUCGUCCUGAAGGAUUUCCAGGAACGAAGAGCCCUCAAGAUUAUCUCGGGUCUGCGGAAUCUUGACAGACACAACGUUGCUUCGGUUGUUACUGCUGCAGACAAGGGAGGAGCGACUCACGUCGAUAUUGCUUGCGACCCAGAGCUAGUGAGGCUGGCGAUCAGCUUGACAUCCCUUCCUGUUUGUGUCUCUUCGGUGGAUCCGUCGGAAUUUUCACCUGCAGUCGAAGCCGGAGCACUAAUGGUGGAAAUCGGGAAUUAUGAUUCAUUUUAUGAAUUGGGCGUGGUUUUCUCUCCCGAGCAGAUAUUAAAUCUCACUAGAGAGACUAAGAGGAUCCUUCCAUCUGUUCCUCUGUCCGUUACCGUUCCUCACACGCUAAGCCUGCCCGAUCAGGUUAAGCUUGCUGAGCUGCUCGAACAAGAAGGGGCCGACAUCAUCCAAACUGAAGGAGGGAAGUGCUCCAAUCCUAUUGGGUCAGGAGUCCUCGGAUUGAUUGAAAAGGCAACACCUACAUUAGCGGCGGCAUAUUCGAUUUCAGGGGCAGUGAAGAUUCCUGUAUUGUGUUCAUCUGGGAUAAGCUCGGUGACAGCUCCAAUGGCCAUCACAGCCGGGGCGGCUGGCGUGGGAGUUGGCUCAGCAGUGAACAAGCUCAACGACGUGGUCGCAAUGAUUGCUGAGGUCAGGAAUAUAGCCGACUCGCUAAACGUGUCGGGCACAAGCAAGGCAGCGCAUAAGGAUAAGUCCUUAAUGUGUAAUCAAAUUUUGUAGGUUAUUAGUUUCGUCGAAAUUCUAGGAUAUGCAUUACUGAAUAUGCAUGUAUCCUGUAGUCCAAUGACAUUUAAAUGAGUUUUUAAGCAUGAAAUAGGCUUCAAAUGGGACACUGUAUACGUAGAGCAUCAAAGCCCCUAUGAUUUCAUAUCAUGAGAACACAAAUAGGGCAGAGAAAUACGGUUCAUAUAUCCAUGGUAUUCGACCUCAGCUUCGGAAUUA